AUGAUGAAAACCAGGAUAGAAGCAUCUGAGAAAUUUCUACAGCGCUGGAGAAAGGAGGGUGGUCGAUUCUUAAGUAGUAUCAUAACCACGGAUGAAACCUGGGUGAACUUUUAUGACCCUGAAAUGAAGAGGGAGUCAAUGGUUGGGCAGAGACAUCUCACGAACGCAUUGAGAAAGAAACGUCCGGACUGCGAAAUUGAAGAUUUGAUCUUUCAUCAAGACAACGCUCCUGCACAUCGGGCUGAAGACACGUUACUAACAAUAGACUUUUUGGGCUAUGAAAGACUGCAACAUCCGCCGUAUAGUCCCGACCUUGCGCCAAUGGACUUUUGUGUGUUUCCGAGAUUAAAGGCCGACUUACGAGGUCGCAGAUUUAAAAGUGAAGAUGAAAUGAAAUUUGCCGUCAGGUCGGCAAUAAGAAGCUACGAAAAGGAGUGGUACGCAGAUAUUUUUGAGAAGUGGGUAGAUCGACACAGAAAAUGCAUGCCGGUUGCUGAAGCCAUGGAGGUGUUUCCAAGGACAAUAACCUUUGCUGGUCAAAACAUGGUCUAG